AGGGAAAAGGGGUGAUCUAUGAACUAAAGUCCCAUGUGUAAGCGAAUGAUCUAUAUAUUUAUCUGAUGGCUGGUGAAAUAGUGAGAUGGUGGCACCUUUGGAGAAGGUGACACAAAAAGCCAGACAACAGGUAUCAUGAACUCCAUACAAUCAGACUCCUCUGCAAAUGUGACCUUUGUUCGUCCUGCAACGUUUUUCCUCAAUGGCUUUUCUAAUGUCCCACAUGCAAAAUACUACUAUGUGUUCUUGUCUUUAGUGUAUGUUGUGACUGUUUUAGGGAAUUCAUUUAUCAUGUGUAUCAUAUAUUUGGCCCGCAGACUUCACACAGCCAAAUACAUUGCUGUUUUCCAUCUGGCCCUUUCUGAUCUGUGUGGAAGCUCAGCUUUGAUUCCAAAAAUCAUUGACACAUUUUUGUUUGGGCACCAUGACAUUUCAUACGAAGUGUGCUUUGUGAGUAUGUUUUUUAUAUAUCAUUUUAUGAAUCUGCAGUCUUUGACACUUCUUAUCUUGGCUUAUGACAGACUGGUUGCUAUUUGUUUUCCUCUACGGUAUCAUGCCAUUGUAACCAAACAAGCCAUGUUUCUGAUCAUAGGGUUGAUGUGGAUUGUGUCUAUGACAUAUUUUUCUGUGCAUGUAGGUCUGCUGAAUAGACUGUCUAUUUGUAGUUCUAAUGUGGUUAAUAGUUAUUUUUGUGAUUAUGGCCCUGUGUGUAGACUAGCUUGUAAUGAUAAUUCCCUAAAUUUACUGAUGGGAAAAAUUUGCUUUGGUUUCCUAAUUUGCUUGCCUCCAGUACUGAUCAUCAUUUCAUAUUUCUGCAUUGCUCUGGCUCUGCUUAAGAUUGCUCAUGGUGUUGAUCGGAUCAAAGCUAUAAAAACCUGCACCUCACAUCUCAUAUUGGUGGCAGUUUUUUAUCUCCCAAUUUUAAGUAAUAAUAUUGCUGCUGCCACAACACCUAUCCAUCCAAACGCCCGGAUAAUUAACAAUUCUUUGACCCAGAUAAUUCCACCUAUGCUGAAUCCCAUCAUAUACACUCUAAAGACAGAGGAGGUCAUGCAGUCCAUAAAAGAACUGUACAAACGCAGUAAGGUGAAUACAAUUAGUGAAAAAAUUAUGAAAUUCAGUGUGAGAAAUUGAAAGUGGUAAAAAAGGACUUAUUUAAAAGGUUGUUAAUACUAUAUUUAACUUAUUUUACUGUUGGUUUACUUUCAUUAUCUGUUUGAAUUAGACUUUGUCCAUCUUGUAUCUUGUAUAAAAUAGACAUGCUAGUAUAAAAAAUCAUUUGUCACAGUUUUUUCCUUGAAUGUCAAAAGGUUUUCAUGUUUCAAUGUUUGCCAUUAACUUAUAAUUUACUUAUUCCCACCAUUUUGUAUUUUGACAUAUUAGCAGGUAUUUCUUUCUUUUGCAGGGUGAUUUCUUUUUUUUUGAGAGUGAUUCCAGACCAUGUAAUGCAGGCAUGUGCUUCAGUGAACUUAAUCCUUAUGUGACAUUAAAAAACAUAAAUGUUUAACUCUGAAAGAUGAAUCCUGUAUCUUCUGUUCAAUCCAAAAUUGUUUUG